AAUGUCCAGGCUGCUCUUGGUGGGGGAGAGCAGAAAAAAACCUCAUCUUCAGUGCUUUAAAAAAAACCUCUUACACCUGCGGCGACCGUUAUCCCGGCUAAUUUAAGCCUCGCCAGACCUUCCCCAGACCGCCCGAGCGAGCCGUGACGCUGCGUGUGCCGCUGGCUUGGCUGCCGCGCAGCCACCUCGCGAGCCGCCGCUCCUUGGGGCCCAGCGGCGUGGAGCGGGGAGCACUGGCUUGAAACGAGGUGCUCUGCAGGGCGUCCCGGCAUUUCGGGGCAGUCGUGGGCCAGCGCGCUGGGGAGGGCGGCUGGGCCAUGCCGGAGCACUACGGAGGAGCGCCGGAGGCUUCGCGCAGGUCUGGCGCUGGCGACUCGGCAGCCCCGGGUCCUCGCGGGCGUUCCUCAUGCGGGACCAGGACCUGCAUGCGCUUGGUGUGCGCUCAGGUGGGAAAGGAGUCUGCGCUGCCGAUGCAUCAGGAAUGACCUUUUUGCUGAAAACAGUGUAGACUUGCAGAUUCAGAACGGCUUAGGUUGGUCCAGGGCUUCUUAGGAGAAAUUACAAGUGUCAUUUCUCCGUAAAGCAUCCCUUGUAUUUGCUUUCCUGCCUUUCGUGAUGCCGCAUCUCCGCUACAGCCGUUACGAGCAGAAGAGUGCGAUGCUUGAAGCACAGCGCAGGUGGCAGGCCAACAUCUGGCCAGCCGGUGGUCUCUGCCCAGCUGUUGGGACACAGGAACAGUUUGAAGCCCCCUGUCUUUGCCACUUCUAAUCUGUGAGAGGGUCCGAAAGCCUUUACAGGACUUGGGCAAAUAUAUUUGUUUCUCCAUAACCCUGUAAUUCUCUGGGAGCAGAUGUCCUCCGGGGCAUCGAUCGCUCCGAUGGGGCACAGCUCUGGGGCUGGCGAUGGCGGGCAGAAAGCGAGAGUGAGCUGGAGGAGAAGUGAAACCCACCGAGCCGUUUCCAUUGUCCAAACUGAGACAAUAUGCAAAGCACAAGGGAAGCGCAGAGAGUGAAAGUGAAUUGGAUCGGCAGAAAUCACGUUAUUAAAAUGAAGGGCGCUGACUCCUCCGAGCGGGUCCUCACGACCAUGCGGUGGGGCCUGGUUCCCUCCUGGUUCAAAAAGGACGACCCCUCCAAACUGCCGUUUAAUACCUCCAACUGCCGCAGCGAUACCAUGCUGACGAAAUCCUCCUACAAGGGUCCUCUCCUCAAGGGCAAGCGCUGUGUGGUCCUGGCAGAUGGCUUCUACGAGUGGCAGCAGCACGACGGCGGGAAGCAGCCGUAUUUCAUUUACUUCCCCCAGACGACGAACGAAACGGCCGAGAGGAAGGAGGGAGACGAGGAGUGGAAGGGCUGGCGGCUGCUCACCAUGGCGGGGAUUUUCGAGUGCUGGGAGCCCCCGGCAGGCGGGGACGCGCUGUACACGUACACCAUCAUCACCGUGGAUGCCUCCAAGGACGUGAGCUUCAUUCACCACAGGAUGCCGGCCAUCCUGGACGGGGAAGAAGCCAUCAGGAAGUGGUUGGACUUUGCCGAAGUGCCCACCCAGGAAGCAGUUAAACUCAUCCAGCCCACGGAGAACAUCGUUUUCCACCCGGUAUCCACCAUCGUGAACAGCGUGCGCAACAACACGCCGGAGUGUCUCGCGCCCAUUGAGCUGGGAGUCCAGAAGCAGGUCAAAGCCACUGCAAGCAGCAAAGCGAUGCUGGGCUGGUUAAAAAGCUCCCAGGAGGGCUCUCCCAGGAAGGAAGAAAACGAGUUGCCCAGGUGGACGAGUCAGUUCAUCCACAGCCCUUCGCCCAAGAAAACCAGCGCAGGCAUCCUGCAGCAGUGGCUGGGGAAGGAGGGAGAGCCGGCUGCAAAGAAACGCAAGGCUUAGGCACCACGUGGGAUGGCUGGCCGUCCGCUGCUGUCCUGAACUGCCUAAGCGAAACGAGGAACGCUUUUUAGGAGGCUUUGCAGACUGGCGUGGAGAUUCUCUACGCCUCUCCGGUAUUGAUCUGCUGCCCUAGGUUGUUGUCUCUGUUAUUAGUGUUUUGUUAGAGGUUAGUGUUCGUCUUUAAAGAUUUUGGCUUUGCCUUGUGCUGAUGGGAAUGGAUACAACACGCUGGCCUCACUCCCUGCCGGUCUGCUCACGCCAGGAGAAGAUAAAACCUUCAGAAGCAUCUCAGCCUGCUGAGGGAGGAGCAGCUUCUGAUGGUAUUUCACAGUCCACAUCUCCGUUUUCUUUUUUGUUGUUGUUUUUUUCUGUCAACCUGAUAUUUCUUUUCCAUUUGAUUCCUUACUGAUUCUAUAUGAAUGAAUGCCUUUCUAAUACUCUAGCCCCUAAAAGACUUCUGCAGUGUAGAGGAACAUGCAAUAAAUACUGAGAAGAAACCCCAGGCCAGGAAGUUCUGCCACGCCACUUUGCCCCAGCAUUGCGCCAUGCUCUCAGGGGUCCCGAAUGGGGAGGUCUCGAGGCCAUGCAUGGGCCGGAGGAAGAGCGAUUUGCUGGCAGGAGCCAAGGGAGCUUCCUUAUUUAGAGAGGAGGGGGUGUGGAUGGGGCUAGAGGAGCAAACAGUCCACGUGAGGCUGCUCUGCACUGCUCACGUCCAGGCUGCCUGUUGCCCCAUCUGUUUAUGGAUGCUUCUUAUCGAGGGUUAUGCUCAUCUCCCCCAGCUCCUCAGGUCCUUGCUGCAGCCGCAGCGCGGUGCCGGCCGGGAGCCGGUGUUUAACCCUGCCCUGAGCAGGGCUCGGUGGGACGGUGUGCUCUCCCCUCCGCACCCCCGCUGCAGUGCCUUGUGUUUGAGCCAAAAAACAUUGGAUGCUUUUUCCCAUAGUUCCUCCCUGUGCAGUUCCUCUGAGGCCAAAUCCCAAACCGAGGCACUGGCCUGACCUCGGGGAAUGGGGUAAAAACUCUCUGGAGUCACCGGCCCUUGCUUGGGUUUCCCUGCGGGCGGCGGGGUGGGAGAACUCGUCUUGGUCACAUUGUUUGUGCAGUCGUUUUGUUAGUAGGAUUUGAAGACUUAGGGAGGAUUUUCUUGAUCUGGAGAGGGAUGCAUCCUGCCCUGUUCAGAGAGGUCAUUCGGUGAAGCCCAGAUAACCAAAGUGCCAUUAAAGAACAGUGCAGGGGGGUUGGUUUGGGGGUCAGGGACUCUGUAAACAGAACCAGAUGCUAUGGACCAAAAACCUUGCAAGUUGGGACCCUUGCUGGAAAACAAUUUAAUUUACAUUCGAAACAAUAAAAUGGGAUUAAGUGGCUGAUA